GGACGGGCCCGGCAGCACUUCCGGCGGGCGGCGUGCCGGGGCCUGGGGAGGCGAACGGGCCGGUCCGGUCCGGUCCGGUCCGGUCCCGCCAUGGGGAUCCUGGAGAAGAUCUCGGAGAUCGAGAAGGAGAUCGCCCGCACGCAGAAAAAUAAAGCCACUGAGUACCACCUGGGCCUGCUGAAGGCAAAACUUGCAAAGUACAGAGCUCAGCUUCUGGAACCUUCCAAAUCUUCAGCUGCUAAAGGAGAAGGCUUUGAUGUGAUGAAAUCUGGAGAUGCCCGGGUGGCACUGAUUGGUUUUCCUUCUGUGGGUAAGUCCACAUUUCUGAGUUUAAUGACCUCAACUGCCAGUGAAGCUGCAUCUUAUGAGUUCACCACCCUGACGUGUAUCCCAGGAGUCAUAGAGUACAAAGGAGCCAAUAUUCAGCUGCUGGAUCUGCCAGGAAUCAUUGAAGGAGCAGCACAAGGGAAAGGCAGAGGUCGGCAGGUGAUAGCAGUGGCCAGGACAGCAGAUGUUGUUAUUAUGAUGCUGGAUGCCACCAAGGGUGAGGUACAGAGGGCCCUGCUGGAGAAGGAACUGGAAUCAGUCGGGAUCCGGCUGAACAAAAGCAAACCAAAUAUCUACUUCAAGCCGAAGAAGGGUGGAGGCAUUUCCUUCAACUCAACUGUCACGUUGACUCAGUGCUCUGAGAAGCUGGUGCAGCUCAUCCUCCACGAGUACAAAAUCUUCAAUGCUGAAGUCCUGUUCAGAGAGGAUUGUUCCCCUGAUGAGUUUAUUGACGUGAUUGUAGGCAACAGGGUCUACAUGCCAUGCCUCUACGUUUAUAACAAGAUUGACCAGAUAUCCAUGGAAGAAGUGGAUCGCCUUGCUCGGAGACCCCACAGUGUUGUCAUCAGCUGUGGCAUGAAGCUGAACCUGGACUAUUUGCUGGAGAAGCUCUGGGAGUACCUGGCACUUACCUGCAUCUACACCAAGAAACGAGGACAGAGACCAGACUUCACAGAUGCCAUUAUUCUACGGAAAGGGGCCUCUGUGGAACAUGUGUGCCACCGAAUUCACAGGUCAUUGGCCAGCCAGUUCAAGUAUGCCUUGGUGUGGGGUACAAGCACAAAGUACAGCCCUCAGAGAGUGGGCUUGACCCAUAUGAUGGAGCAUGAAGAUGUCAUUCAGAUCGUGAAGAAGUAACCCUCUUUGCUGGUGCCUGGCCUUGUCUUUAAUCACUAGGACUGGAACUGACCACAUAAAUGCAAAACAAACAACAAAACAAAAGAAAGAAAGAAAGGAAAAAAAAAAAAAAAAGGGAAAAAGAAAAAGGGAGACAUGUUCCACAGCCAGGAAAGCUUCCGUGAAGCUCCUUCUCUUGGAGAAAGGCAGAAAAUGUGCCUGCAGGUGGGGAUGGGGAAGAUGGGUUUCCAUCUUGCAGCAUUUCAGGUUGAGUAAUAUUUCUUAAAAAUUGAAAAAGGAGACAGUUAUCCUAGGACACAGUUCCCACAGCCAGCAGCAUCCUGCCCCUAGUAGAGUUUGCCCAUAGAUCCGUGGGUUAACCUGCUGGUGGCUUGCUUAAGCAGAGGGAAGUUUAUGGGUUGAUGUGAACAGAUUUGGCCCUGUGCUUUGGGAGGGGAAGCCAGGGCUGAUUGAACAUUGCUGAUGCUUUGCUGCUUAUCCAUUCCCUUAAUUUAAGCAUUGAUUUGAAACAGAAACAAAGCUCUCCCUUCCCUGCUCACUGGGCAAGUUGUCUCUGCAGCUUUCAGGCCUGGAGACUUCAGGCUGAGUAAACCCCUGGAUUUAUCAUGGUCCCACCUCAAUUAAUAUUACAAGGUGGCACUUUUUGCCUGCCUUAGCUCUGCAGUAAGGUGUGUAGGACAUCCUGGUCCAACUGGUACUGUGAGAGAUGAGGAAUGAAACCUCAUUAAUAAAUGGUUAACCUGAUCAGACUGCAAAAGGGUACGAUCCAAGAGCUGAGGUCUGCAGUCAGGAGUCCCUUCUGACAUAUCAAGGAGCUGUCUUGGGAGUUUGCUCCUUUGCUCUUGUCCUCCCCGUGAGUCCCCAAGGGUAAUGGUUGGGGCUCUGCUUCUUUCUCAGUCAUGCCCCAGAAUUCCAGUAACAGCUCCAAGCACCAUCCCAUGCCAUGGAUUUUACCUGAGGUCUGUUAAACGUUGUUGCUUGCCUGGAUAUUUUCCAUCAGAAAUCUGGGAUUUUUCUAAUCAUGCUUUUUUUCAUGGAACACUGAUGCUAAACUGAAUUCAGAGUGCCUGAUAAAGAGAACAGCUCUUUCCUUCUGGGAUCAAGAGUUGCCAAUAGCUUUUAUUUUCUUUUCAUUGACAAAGGGUUCGGUCUGAUGUGGAUUCUUAACUGUGAGGGCAGGUCUGGUUGCAAAUAUGUCUGCACAGGGCUCCUCCUUCCCUCUCCUUUGUGUUCCUCCCCAACUGAUCGAGCAGAAACUGAAGGAUUAUUUUAUUUGAGAAAAUAAAAGUUGAUAUUUCAUGUGAA